UCCUUAUGAAGCACUGUGGUGUGAGGUGGGAUGUCAGGGCUGAGUUCUCACAGCUCUCUUCACACAAAGUUUCAAGGAGUAACAAGGAGAGGUGAGAGGCGUGCAGAAUUCAAAAGAUCACCACAAGACACAUCUGUAUGCAUCCUGGUAACAGAUUCACUCAUUAGACAUGGAGUCAAAAACUGAGAGUAAACCAGCAUCGCUCACCGCUGAACAACUGGCUGCUGUUGAGGAUGAAGAGGUUCUCAACAAGAUGCUGGACAGUGCAGCAGACUUUGAAGAGAGGCGGAUGAUUCGUGCUGCAUUGAGGGACCUGCUCAAGAAAAAAAGAGAAAAACGGGAGCAGGAACGAGGGUCGAGGCAGCAGGACCUGCGACAGCAAAGUCUGAGCAGAGGAGGAACAACAGGUGGAGCUGGUAGUGUUGGAAGAGCAUCCAAGAACCUGCAGCCACCAAUUAAUAAGGCAACAGGUCAGCAGUCUCCAUCAUACACUCCACUCAACAGGACAGCAGGAAGCAGGCCUAGUCCUGCUACAUCAGCCCAGAAAUGUCCUCCUCCUGCAGCACCCAACACUAAAAAUGUCAAACAGAUGCUUCUGGAUUGGUGCAGGGCCAAAACAGAGCCAUAUGAGGGGGUACACAUCCAGAACUUCUCCUCAAGUUGGAAAGACGGUAUUGGUUUCUGCGCCCUAGUGCACCGAUUCUUCCCCGAUGCAUUUGAAUACUUUACCCUUAACCCCAACAAGCCCAGGGACAACUUCCAGCUGGCUUUCAGCACUGCAGAGAGGCUGGCAGGCUGCCCCCCUCUGCUGGAUGCUGAUGACUUAGUCCAGAUGGAGGAGCCCGACUGGAAGUGUGUGUACACCUACAUCCAGGAGUUCUACCGUUGCCUGGUGGAAAAAGGCCUUGUGAAAACCAAAAAGCAGCCUUAGACUAAGAGAAGUCAGACAACAGCCUUUAGAAGUCGCAAUGAUUUGAGUUUUUUUUUUUUUUUCCAGUUGAUGCACAUAUUUUCACAAAAUGAAGUCAAAGAAAUAUGUUUUCAAAUGAAUAGUAAUUUCUAGUAUUUGAUUCUAGGGAUUUGAAUGUAAAUGCACAGUGAAUAAUUGGUAGUAUUUGUAUUUGCAUGUGUGUUAGUAAGGACUUAUAUAUCUGUGUGGACAGCUGCUGCUUAGGAUCAGUACAUUCCACUGAGAUUACACAUCUGUAUUAAUCCCACACUGAAUCUGAGCACAGCCUUUAAAAUGAUACUGUUCAGGGCACGAGUGUAUGAGAAUUAAAGGUCAAUUUAAAAAAUA